UAUCUUAAAUUUGUAACAUAUGUAAAAAGUUUUGAUUUUAGGAACAAACAUUGCAAAAUGAAAAGUUCCACUUCUUCAAAACUCCAAAUCUACUUCAUCUUAUCUCUAUAUUUUUUCAAUGGUGUAAUCUCUUCUGAUACCUUAACUGCAUCACAAUCUCUUGGUUCCAACCAAACCCUUAUAUCUCCACAAAAAGUAUUUGAGUUUGGUUUCUUCAACACAACCACUUCAAAAUGGUACUUAGGUAUAUGGUACAAAGAUGUUCCAGAUAAAAUAUUUGUUUGGGUGGCAAAUAGAGACACCCCUCUUGAAAAUUCUAAUGGAACUCUCAAGAUUCAAGAUGGUGGAAAAUUGGUUCUUUUCAACCAAACAGAUAAUCCUAUAUGGUCAUCAAAUCAAACUAUUUCCUCUGUUACAGACCCUGUUCUUCAUCUUUUGGAUGAUGGAAAUUUGGUUCUCAAAGAAGCACAAGAGAAAAACAACAGUAACUAUAUAUGGCAGAGUUUUGAUCAUCCAACAGAUACUUUGUUACCAGGGAUGAAACUUGGUUGGAACCUUGACACUGGUGUCGAGAUUCGAAUAACUUCAUGGAAAAGUCAAGAUGAUCCAUCAACUGGAGAUAGUCAUUUCAGUCUUGAUUAUCAUGGUGUUCCAGAUAUUUACUUGUGGAACAAGCAACAAAGGGUGUUUAGAAGUGGUUCAUGGAAUGGUCAAUCUUUUGGUGGAGUACCAAUACUAAGCACAAUAGCUGCUCUUAAUGAUAAAAUAGUUGUUGAUGAACAUGAAGCUUAUUAUUAUCCUGCAGGGUUGUUGCAGUCUAAUUUAUCUAGACUUGUUGUGAAUUCGACCAGUUCAAUGGAACGUUAUGCAUGGAUCGAAAGCACUAAAGAUUGGAACAAAGUAUGGUCUGCACCAGCUCUUCAAUGUGAUAAUUAUGGAACUUGUGGUCCUUUUGGUAUAUGUGACUCAAAUGCUUUUCCAGUAUGCAAGUGUGUCACAGGAUUUGAUAUCAAGAAUCAAAGGCAAUGGGAUUUGAGAAAUUUCUCAGAUGGGUGUGUGAGAAAAACAGAAUUGGAAUGUGACAAAGAUAAGUUCUUGCAUUUGAAGAAUGUGCAAUUGCCAGAAACUAGAAGUGUGUUUGUGAACAAGAGUAUGACAUUGUUGGAAUGUGAAAACAAGUGCCUUAAAGAUUGUUCUUGCACUGCUUAUGCUAAUGAAGAGAUAACUAAUGGUGGGACAGGCUGUGUUAUGUGGAAUUAUAGUCUUGUUGAUAUGAGGCAGUUUACUGAAGCUGGACAAGAUAUUUUUAUCAGAUUAGCAGCUUCUGACGUAGAUGAAGCUGACACAGGAUCUUCUGGUGGCUCCAAAAAGAAUGCAGGAAUGAUUGCUGGAAUUACAAUUACUAUAGUUAUCCUGAUUUUGGGAGUGAUCUUAUUCAUUUUGAGGAAGAAAAGGAGAUGGCAGAGAAUACAGAAAGUGAAUAAUAGUCAGAGAGGUAAUUCUGAUAGAGGUCAGAAAACACGGUUAUCUGAUUCGAAGUUUUCAAAUAGCAGAGAAUAUUCAGAUGAAAGGAACAUGGAUGACCUUGAUUUGCCACUGUUUGAAUUCCAUGUCAUAUCAGAUGCUACAAACUCCUUCUCUUUAGCUAAUAAACUUGGAGAAGGAGGCUUUGGAGCUGUUUACAGGGGUAGGUUAGUGGAUGGCCAAGACAUUGCUGUGAAGAGGUUGUCAACAAGCUCUGGACAAGGAAAUGUAGAAUUCAAGAAUGAGGUAAGAUCAAUUGCGAAGCUUCAACAUCGAAAUCUUGUACGGCUCUUUGGUUGCUGCAUUGAGAAAGAGGAGAAGAUGUUGAUUUAUGAAUACUGUGAAAAUAACAGCCUAGAUUCUAUUUUAUUUGAUAAAGCAAAGAGUUGCAAGCUAGAUUGGCCAAUGAGGUUCAGUAUCAUAUGUGGAAUAGCCAAAGGGUUACUUUAUCUCCAUCAUGACUCAAGAUUUAGAAUCAUCCACAGGGAUCUCAAGGCAAGCAAUGUUCUACUUGAUAAAGAAAUGAAUCCAAAGAUAUCAGAUUUUGGUAUUGCUAGAAUUUUUGACAAUGAUCAAACACAUUCUAGUACAAUGAGAAUUGUUGGAACAUACGGAUAUAUGUCUCCAGAAUAUGCAAUGGGUGGAUAUUUUUCUGCGAAAUCUGAUGUUUUCAGUUUUGGAGUUCUCGUGCUAGAAAUCAUAAGUGGAAUGAAGAAUAGAGGAUUUCAUCAAUCAGAUGACCUAAAUCUCCUUGGACAUGCAUGGAGGCUAUGGAAUGAAGGAAAAGCAAUGGAACUAAUAGAUUCAUCAUAUGCAGAUUCAUACUCAGAAGCUGAAGUUAUAAGAUGCAUAAAUGUAGGCCUAAUAUGUGUCCAAGAAAAAAUAGAAGACAGGCCAAUAAUGCCAUCAGUGGUGAUGAUGUUGAAUAGCGAAACAUCGUCAUUGCCACAACCUAAGCACCCUGGUUUUGUCCUUGGAAGGAAUCUAGGUGAAUCCGAUUCAUCUUCAGCAGUUACAAUAAACGAAGUCACAGUUACAAUAAUAAAUGGCAGGUAGGUAAUUAAGUAACAAUCGUGUCGAUUAUACACAUUAAAUUUUAUUCGUGAUCUUAGUAUGCCAAAAUUUUGUCUCAGAUUCAUAAAGAGACAUAAAAUUUUCAUGUAAGAUCAGUGUAUAUAUAAAUACACAGAUUUUUUUUAGUGCUCCUUUAGUGAAGUGUAAAUUGAAGAGUGUUUUUUUUAGGAGUGUAAAUUGAAGAGUGUUUUAUUUAUUGUUUGUUCCUAUCCAAUGUAAGACAACCUUUGUUCUGUGAUUAUUAGAUGCUUGAUGCAGCAAUGUAUUAGCAAUUUUAAAAA